AUGCGGCUUCUUUAUUCGAAAGGCGCUGGCAAGUACAGCCUCACUCGGGAAUUUGCGGCUGACGAAGACGUUCCUGCAUAUGCGAUCCUCUCACACACUUGGAUUGAUGGACAAGAGGUCACCUUCGAGGACAUCCGAGGUGGAGGCGGACGUGGAAAGAGUGGCUAUAACAAGAUAAACUUCUUUGCACAGCAAGCCAACAAGGAUGGCUUGGAAUACUUCUGGGUAGAUGCCUGCUGUAUCGACAAGUCCAAUCCUGCUGAACUCCAAGAAGCUAUCAAAUCCAUGUUCCGACGGUAUCAAAAUGCUGCGAAGUGCUACGUAUAUUUGCUCAAUGUCUCGAAGGCCGGUGGGAGGGAUAUGUCGCAACAAGAGUUUCGGCAGAGUCCAUGGUUCACUCGACCUAUGCAACACCGCCAGACAACAGCAGCAGAGGACAAAGCGUAUGCACUGCUUGGUAUCUUUGGCGUUGAGAUGAAUCUGCGAUGCGGGGAAGGAUAUCCAAGUGCAUCCAAACAACUUGAGGAAAAGAUUGGUCAGCUAAACAGUUGCCUUCGUGAUUUGCGUAUCACGGAUCCCCGUCACGAUAAACAGCGAAUCGAAGAGACCAAGGGUGGCCUACUUGACGGCGUGUACCGGUGGAUUCUUGAAAAUCCUGACUUUCAAAAGUGGCAUGACAACAAGGAAGAUCGCCUACUCUGGAUCAAGGGUGACCCAGGCAAGGGAAAGACGAUGCUUCUCUGCGGCAUCAUCAAUGAGCUGGAAAGUUCCAUUAGCAGAAUCGAUUUGCUGUCAUACUUCUUUUGUCAAGCCACUGACUCCCGCAUCAACAGUGCUACGUCUCUCCUGUGUGGAUUAUUGUCUAUACUCAUCAACAGACAACCGCUGCUUAUUUCCCAUAUCACAAAGAAGCACGAUCUCGCAGGGAGAGCCAUCUUUGAAGAUAGCAACGCCUGGUUCGCCUUGACUGAAGUAUUUAUGAAUAUUCUUCAAGACUCUAGACUAACGAACACCUACUUCAUUAUCGAUGCACUCGACGAAUGCAGGACUGACCUACAUCGGCUGUCAUACUUCACAGCUCUUUCUAGCUCUCGUGCAUCACCACGGGUCAAAUGGAUCAUAUCCAGCUGCCACCUGCCUGAUAUCGAGGAAGGACUGCAAAAAGCACAAUUCAAAGUCCAAGUCGGCCUUGAGUUCAACUCGGCCUCCGUGUCGGCUACUGUCCAUUUCUACAUCGAGCACAGUGUGCCGGAGCUAUCACGCGCUAAACAGUACAAAGAGGUGGAAAGAAGGGAUGUGAUGAAACUUUUGAUCUCACAUGCAGCCAACACGUUUCUCUGGGUAGCCAUCGUUUGCCUGCGUCUCCGCCAGGAACCCCGACGAAGACUGCCCGCGAUCUUAAAAGAGUCCCCUGACGGGCUCGACGCUCUCUACGAUCAGAUGCUGCAACAAGUUGGUGCUUCGAGAGAUUGUGACCUCCUUAAGCAGAUAUUAGCCGUGAUCAAGACCGCCUAUCGCCCUAUUACCAUCCGGGAACUCUCACGCCUUAAUGCCGAGAUUGCAGAGAUGAUAGAUGACACUAACGCCGUGAAGGAGUAUUAG